AUGGGGGCAGCAUCCAUAGCAAAGACGCUCGUGGUUUGGCUGUUGCUGUCAGUGGGCCUGGCCCGCGUGGCUCUGGGGAGUACGGUCCAUCUAAGGAGAGCCAAUGACAGGAACGGUAGAUGCAUCUACUCAUUUGCUGUCCCCAGCCCCAAUGAAGCCAGCUGUCCAGAACUGGGCCAGGCAACAUCAGCCAUCCGGGAGCUCCAGAGGGAGAGCAACGUGCAGCGCUCGGAGCUGGAGUCAGCCAAGGCCAGGCUGAGCCUCCUGGAGAACUUGGUGACCCAGCUGCAUGUGGCGCUGGGUGCAGGGGGCUCCCCCGCUUCCGCUGCAGAGCUCCAGAGAGAGCUGGAUAGGCUGAGGAUGGAGAAAGCCCAGCAGGAGUCUCAAAUCAGCAGGCUGGAGGCUGCCUACAGCACCCUUGGGCAGGAGAAGUCCUUUCUGGAAGAGGAGAAGAGGCGACUGGAGCAGGAAAAAGCUGAGCUGGGAAGGAGGCUGGAGAGCAGCACGCAGGAGAUAGUUCGGCUGAGGGCCAGCCAGCGUCACCAGGUCAGCGAGGCACCCGCCCAGGACUCCCACCAAGGCUCCCAAGAAGUUUCCAAGUGGGAUCUGGAGAGUUUUGACUAUCAGGAGCUGAAAUCUGAGCUGAUGGAGGUGCCUGCUUCCAGCAUCUUCGAGGAGCGCCCCUCCCCCAGCCACCCUGCCACUGGGGACAGGGCCACUGGGUGUGGAGAGCUGGUCUGGGUGGGGGAACCUGUGACCUUCCGCAGGGCUGAGACUAUUGCUGGCAAGUAUGGCAUGUGGAUGAAGGACCCAGAGCCUGUUCCCCCCUACACCCGUGAGACCACCUGGAGAGUCGAUGCCAUUGGCACUGACAUCCGCCAGGUCUUUGAAUACGACAAUGCUGAUCAGUUCAUGAAGGGCUAUCCCUCCAAGGUCCACGUCCUGCCCCAGUCCAUGGAGAGCACCGGAGCAAUCAUAUACAGGGGCUCCCUGUACUUCCAGCAACGCAAGUCCAGGACGGUGGCCAAGUACGACUUGAAGACAGAAACGAUCACAGUCCAAAAAGACAUCCCCAGUGCUGGCUACCAUGGCCAAUUCCCCUAUUCCUGGGGUGGGUACACAGAUAUUGACUUAGCUGUUGAUGAGAUGGGACUGUGGGUGACGUACAGCACAGACAAAGCCAAAGGGGCCAUCGUCCUCUCCAAACUGGAGCCAGAGACCCUGGAGGUUGAGCAGACCUGGGAAACCAACAUCCGCAAGCAAGCCGUGGCCAACUCCUUUAUGAUCUGUGGCACCUUGUACACCAUCAGUAGCUACUCAUCCCCAGACGCCACAGUCAACUUUGCCUAUCACACGGCCACCAGCACCAGCGAGCCGCUGAGCAUCCGCUUCGAGAACCGCUAUGGGUACAGCAGCAUGGUGGACUACAACCCCACGGAGAGAAAGCUCUUCGCUUGGGACAAUUUCAACAUGGUCACCUAUGACAUCAGACUCUCCACGAUAUGAGGAGCCUCAGGGCAGGAGGAGGACACACCACGCUCAUUGCUAACUAGAAGCUUGUGGGCUAGGGGCAAGUCUAGCCAGCUGUCAGUCUCAUACACUCGCUUUUCCUAAGCUUUCCUUGGGCUCAGCUGUGAGCCCCUUACUAAGACAGAGCGUUUACUGAGCCUGGCAAAGACUCCAGGCCUUGCCCUAGAUCGGAGGUUCAUAUUCUGAGAGCACUGGUGGGGCUCAAAUAACGAUAGAGUGGGAAUAACUUUGUGCCAAUUGAGAACAUACGUGCAUAGGCAUUUACAGCCCUGGCGUCAAUGCCCUUGCCUCUCUCUGAAUUACACAUGGGAUGAGUUUGGACAAUGUAGAAAAAAAGUAACAAGUUGUUCAGGGUUAUGCAACAUUUGGCAUGUGUGGGCCAAUUGCACAGGGAUAGAUUUAGAAUGACUAAACCUGCCUGCGCCCUUGGCUAAAAGACACUGCGAUUCUAGCCAAGCAGACCAAACCGUUCACAGCAGGAGGCAAAUAAUAUUUUAGGGGAGGGAGGUGGCUGGGUACCACCUUCACAGAAUGGCUAAUAAAAACCCAGCAACCAUCAGCCAACCAUAUUCCUGCCCAGCAUCAGCUGAGACAAGGGGAAUGUGCUAUGCAGUCAACACCGGGCACUAGCCAAGGUGGCAUUGACAGGAGGAGAUUCUGCAAAGUUGUGUCACACCCAGAUUCAGUAGGAGAACAUCAAGGCCUAAAGACCUAGCUCCAAUACCCAAAUAAGCCAAUGGAAAGACUCCAGCUGACUUCACUGGGCUUUGGAUUGGGUCCUUAGUGGGUUGACUUGGCGGGGGCAUCUCAGAAAUGUGCUGCAGGAGUUAAAAAUGACUAGACAUCCCGGGCAGUGGGCACUCUGCAAGAGAGCUUUCAGCUGCUGCAUAUAAACCCUUCCAUUGCCAGCCUCUUUCCUCCUAAGCACAGUGCACGCUUCGUCAGGACCAAGCUUCCCUUGGGAGCCAACCAGUCACCACUACAGAUUAUCAUGAGCCAGAGAACGGGGGAGGAGAAGACAGGAACUCGCUUGGUAUCUCUGCAGCGUAAGCAACUGCUCUGCAGUGGCAAUUGACCAGUAAUUAAAGCAGGAGUCAAAGAUGGGCCCAAGCUGCAGAGAGGCCAGGUCCAAUGAUCCACACCUCACCUAAGCAUAGGGCCAUUCCGCUCUAGGGGCUUUGAGUCUGUUCAGUGUAUCACAAUAGCCAUUGAGCAUGCAGGGCUCUGACUGAACUAGCCACCUACCUGCAAGAAACAUGGCCGCCUCAGCUCCCCUUCCAUUAAAGGCAAAAAUGAAGCAUUACUUGUUUAACACAAUUCUAUUAAGUCAUUAGACAUUUUAGCAAAAUAAAAGUAAGGAGGGUUGUUGUUCAUGAAAAACGGGAUCCUAGAAUUUAGGGCAUGAUCUCAAAUCCACUGAAGUCAAAUGGAAAGUCUCCCAUUGACUCCAGUGAGCAAUAGAACAGAUCUCUAUUUAUCCCAGAUUAUGGUUAUUAACUCAGAAAGAGAAGCAACAUCUAACUGUUCUUGCUGUUUCUAGCUCUCAAUCCAGAUAACUCCCCUGAUUACACUGUAGUUUAGACGCUCUUUGGGAUAGGCAUAGCAUUAGAGCAGGUAUGGCUAAGCAUACAGCUGUUUUUAAGAACACACACAUUUGAAGUAUUUAGUGUAUAAAUCCUGUAGCUGACUUGGUUUUUCUGUUGCAUUGAAGCCUCCUGGAUGAAAGCGAAGGUCCAAUGUGCUGAUGAUUAUGUGGAAGCAGUCUGUGAUAAGAAUCGAUAAUAAACCCUCCUCCCC